GUCAGACAGGAUGGCGUGGACCCAGAUGCUGCUGCUGCUGGCAGCGGCGUGCGCGCUAGCGGGCGGCGAGCCGCAGAAGGGUUACAGCUACCCGGUGCCGGAGAACGGUCUGUACCUGCCGCCGCCACCGGACAAGGGCGGCCCCAUCAACCCGGGCGGGUCGAACACCGUCGACAUCGGUAUCGAGUUGCCGCGCGACACCACGCCCCGGCCGGCAACCACGCGGCCGCCGCGCACCUUCCGCCCGCGCACCACCAGCGCGCCACGCAGGCCCGCCACCAGGCGGCCGCCGGCGACUCGGCGACCGGUGGCGACCACCGAGCGGCCGUACCAACCGCCGGCGACUAGCCGGCCGGUGGUUACCACCCAGCGGCCGGUGGUUACCAGGAGACCGGUGCCGUCUCGGAGGCCGGCGGUGACCACCCAGCAGCCGUACCGACCCCCGGCCACGCGCCGACCCGUGGUUACCCGGCGUCCGGCGGUUACCACGAGGCGUCCGGCGCCCACUCGUCGUCCCGUGGUUUCCACUGAGCGGCCUUACCGGCCCCCGGCGACUCGCAGACCGGUGGUUACCACCCCAAGGCCUGUGAUUACCCGGCGUCCGGCGAUUACCCGGCGUCCGGCUGUUACCACGAGGCGUCCAGUGCCCACUCGUCGUCCGGUGGUUACCACUGAGCGGCCUUACCAGCCUCCGUCGACUCGCAGGCCAGUGGUUACCACCGGGCGGCCCUACCAGCCACCGGCGACUCGCAGGCCGGUGGUCACCACCAGGCGUCCUGUGGUUACUCAGCGACCCGUGGCUACCACCAGACGCCCCGUACCCACUCGCCGCCCUGCACCCACUCGCCGCCCCGCACCCACUCGCCGCCCCGCACCCACUCGCCGCCCCGCACCCACUCGCCGCCCCGUACCCUCCCGUCGUCCAGUGGUCACCACCCAGCAGCCGUACCGGCCGCCGGCGACCCGUCGCCCUCGGCCCACUCCGGGCCGCCCCAUCACUACGCCCCGGCCAAGCUACAUCCCUCCCAACCCGCUGAUCCCGGAUGGCACUGGCCCCAACGGAGGUCGCGUGCCCUUCCCUACCACCCGAGCUCCUGUGGUCACCACCCGCCGUCCCAUCCCAACCAGGGGGCCUAGCAUCACCACCCGCCGUCCCGUCCCAACCAGGAGGCCUAGCAUCACCACCCGCCGCCCCGUCCCAACCAGAAGACCCAUCAUCACCACUGGCCGUCCCGUCACCACCAGGAGGCCCAUCAUCACUACUGGCCGUCCCGUCACCACCAGGAGGCCCAUCAUCACUACUGGCCGUCCCGUCACCACCAGGAGGCCCAUCAUCACUACUGGCCGUCCCGUCACCACCAGAAGGCCCAUCAUUACCACUCGUCGCCCCAUCCCCACCAGGAGGCCCGCUAUCACCACUGGCCGUCCCGUCACCACCAGAAGGCCCAUCAUCACCACUGGUCGCCCCGUUCCCACCAGGAGACCCGCUAUUACCACUGGCCGUCCCGUCACCACUCGAAGGCCUGUUAUCACCACCGGAAGACCGUCCGUCACCAGAAGACCCGGUGUCACCACCCCCGCACCGUCCGGCUCCGGCUCGACGAUGAUGCACAUGUCUCGUCCGUACGAGUUCGGCUACGACGUCGACGACUCGAACACCGACAACGCCUUCAGCCAGAAGGAGACGAGCGACGGCAUGGUCAUCACCGGCGAGUACCGCUGGAAGAUGCCUGACGGCCGCACCCAGAUCGUCACCUACCUGGCCGACUGGGCCAAGGGCUACUACGCCGACAUCCGCUACGAGUAGCCGAAGCGGCGGCGGUUCAAGUGCGUGACGGUGCGAGCGGGAGCGCCUGCGGUGGCGACGCUCACGUGCGUGACUUUGCCAUUGCGAUUUCUGUGAUACCAAAGCCGCGGCCGAAGCCCGCGGCGCCGACUCAAGAUCCUGGUAUUGCGCGUGUGCGCCGAUGGCCGGUGUUUUGUUGCGGGUGCGAGAAGUGGGAGAGAAUCAGGCUGGAGGGCUUCGAGGAUGAGAAGGUUGCGGAGCGGGUGCGUGGGAAGGCGUGUGACCUAUUGAUGCGAGCCACUGAGCGGUGUGAGCGUCACGUUCUAUGUAUAUAUUCAGAGUGUGAUCUUUUGUUUCGAUUGGCAGAAUGAGCGAUGCUUUUAGAUUUAUGAGAUCGUUCGUCAUUGGCAUACUUAUUUGGUCGACGUCAGUGGUAGAAUGCCCGUAAGUGCUGCACAUGGUGACUGUAUUCUUGGCCUUCAUUCCUCCUCUUGUGAAUAGUUGUAUAUUCCUUGCUAAAUAAUACAAACGGGAACACCAGCUCCCAACUCUC